AUGGCUGUGCAUCCAAUCACCACCGCUGCGUUCAUCUUGAAUCGAUCAAAGAAACUGGUUUCCAAGUUAAACAAGAAAUAUAAUUUUGGAGGGAAUACCAGUAAUAACGGUCACGGAAAUAACAAGAACAAUCAGCAAGAUCCAGAUUACCUGUGUAAACAGGGUGAAACUUUCCUAUUUGGGCGAGACGGAGUGGCUAAAGAUGAAAAGAAAGCCUUCGAGUAUUUUCAACGUGCUUCCCUACUAAAUCAUGCUAAAGCUCAAGGAUUGUUGGCUUUUUGUUAUGAAUUUGGGUUGGGGAUUGAAAAGGAUUUUAAGCAAGCUGAAUUAAGCUAUAUUCCCUCAGCGAAAUCUGGUGAUGGAUUAGCGCAAGCUAGACUGGCAUUCCUGAGAAGGUAUGGACGGCCCUCCGUGCGUAUUGACCGAGCCGAAGCUGAAAUGUGGCAACAAAAGGUUAAAGAACGAGGGAAGGUUGCCAUAGAAUGGUUAUUUUAUGCUGCGUGUAAGGAGAACCAUCCAGCUGCCCAAUAUUCCCUGGGUGCUUAUUGGUACCAGAAGGCAGCCCUCCAGGGUCAUGCCCGUGCUCAACACAAUCUCGGUUUCUGCUACCAGAAUGGCAUUGGUGUUCCAAAAGAUGAGGUUGAAGCUGUUAGUUGGUAUUUAAAAUCAGCCGAACGUGGUAACAUCUUUGCCUACCAUUCACUCGGGUAUUGCUAUCAAAAUGGUAUUGGAGUUGCGGUCAACGAAGUCGAGGCUGUUUACUGGUACUUUCUAUCAGCCGAGGAGAACCACGCGCCAGCUCAAUUGAGUCUCGGAUAUUGUUUCCGUAAUGGUAUUGGCGUGGAAAAGGAUGAAUUUGAAGCUGUUAAAUGGUUUACGCUUGCUGCUCAACAAGGCAAUGCUUUGGCACAAAAUUCUCUGGGAUAUUGUUAUGAAGAAGGUCUUGGAGUCGACAAGGAUGAAAGCAAAGCCGUCUGCUGGUACCAACUUUCUGCCAAUGCCCAAAAUCCGUGGGCGCAAUGUAAUCUAGGAUUCUGUUAUGCCAAUGGCAUCGGAGUGGAAAAGGACGAGUUCGUGGCCUUCAAGUGGUACAGUGCUGCCGCUGCGCAAAAUCACGCCCGAGCACAGGACAAGUUGGGCGUUUGUCUUCAGCUAGGUGUUGGCUGCGAAAAGGAUGAAGUUUCUGCGUUGCAUUAUUUUCGCUUGGCUGCUGAUCAAGAUCACCUUGCAGCAAUGUUUCAUCUGGCCAAUGCAUUGGAGAAGGGAAUCGGAUGUGAGGUUGAUUCAGAAGGUGCCAUAUAUUGGUUUGAGAGGGCGGCAAGCUCUGGUUGCAGAAUCAGUUGCGACCGAUUGAAACGAUUGUUGGUUAGGGAAUGUUUGGGACAUAACUCGAGUGGUGAUAUUUAUUUAACUGGGUGCUACGCUGCGGCCGCAUGA